AUGACAUCAAAUAUGUCUAAUACGAACAUUAGCGAUACUGAAGGACAGAUAAAUUCAACACUUUUGGAAUGUACCGAUACCGAUAUUGUUUGUCUUGAAGAAUCAUCAACACAACCACCAGUAGAUCGAAAAGCAUUUGGAACAGUUUCUUCGUCAGAUCCUUCUUGUCUUUAUACAGAAAAGCAAUUACAACAGCUGUUAAGUGCAGUUGUCCUCUCAGUUACCACGAAUGUUGUGUUGGAUAGUAAGGUUUUGGUGCCAUUUUCGUAUUUGAUACCGUCACCGUCGUCCACCACUCCUGCUACAUCUGAUACAUCUAACGCCUCAAUGCCAGUAGCAAUAAAUAAUUCAAAUGAUGUGAUACAGACACCUCUACGUACCGAAAACAGACGCAACAUGCUACCAUUCACUGCAACAUCCCCAUUAGCUUCAGUUCGAAACAAUGAUCGGUCGCGAAACCCGCGUCCUUUUUCACGCUGCACUGGUACGGACAGUAGACGAUCUGUUUCAUCAACGUACACCUCUCCAACGGCCACCUCAGUACAUCAUAGGUCUGAUCGAAAAACAACAUCGGCUUCGAACACCUAUCCGACAUCAUCACGUGGAUUCCAUCAAUCACUAGCAUUAGCAACAAAUUCACGUGAAAGACCAAGUACAAUUCGAGAUGUGACAAAUUUCGAUCGAGAAGAUUUCGAAACAUAUGGAGAACCAAGGCGAAGAAUUCCCCCAAUUACGGCUCAAACGGCUGAGGUUUUGGCUGAAGCUAAUCAUCUGAUUCAGCGAAUGCACAAAACCAUGGAUGAAGAAUUUGGUCCGGAUCGUAAUUAG